UUAAAGCGAAGCUUUAGUUGUUUUUUUUAAGCAAAAGGUCCGGUACCUCAAAAGUAGCAAUAAUAUCUUUCCCAUAAACUAUCCAGUAUCCACCGGCUCUCUUGCACAUUCUGGUACUCCCACUUAUUUUAUCCUUCUCUCCUUCGAGAUCUCAUAAACUGCAGUAUUAAAUUGUCUGAAAUGCCUGCUUUGAUUUUAUAUCGCAGACUUGCUAAACGGUUAUUUUUAUUUGGUGUUGCUGCGAUAGUUUGUUUGGUUCCAUUGGUCAAGUACAGGAAUCGUAAUCAACAGCAACCUGAUGCAUAUGCCAUUAUGGAGCGACAGGAAGCGGCAGCGAGUAGUAAUGGACAUCUUACAUCCAACGUUGUACCGAUAGAUCCGCAAGCGGUGAAUAUCGUGUAUGUGGCGUGUGGAGAGCAGCAAAUCGAUGAUAUGUUUGUAUCCAUAAAGUCAAUUCUGCUGCUGACCAAUUCACCGGAAAUCACGUUCAUCGUCUUCACCAAUUUGCACUCCAGCCUCGAACAAAUUCGGCACCGUUUUACCGAACUGGUGACCUCGAAGGCGCUGGCUCGGCUAAGUGGGAGUAUUGUGGAUAUCUAUCCUGUGGAUCUGGAAUUUCCGUCUGUGCAUCACUCUAACUUGAACGUGGAUAUCAGCUGGAGAAAUACAGAUACCAAGUGCAAAAUGCAGAAAAUGUUUUUGCCGGCUGUAAUAGAAGAUUUCGAGGCAAUUAUAUACUUGGACACGGCCACGAUAGUUAUGCGACCCAUUGAAGAGCUUUGGGUGGAAUUCUUCCGAAUGCGUGAACCGGAAAUGCUGUCCAUGGUUCUGGAUGUUGAACCCUCUGAAACGUCGGUGUUAAAAAAAGAGGAUGAGCUGGAUACUAAAACAUUGUCAAAUGGUCCCGGUGUCCUCUUGAUGAAUUUAACAAAAAUGAGAAAUUUUGAAUGGGAAGAAAAACUUAUGCACACGCUGCAUCAACAUCAUAUCCAUCUUGGAAAUGCCAAUCCGCAAAAUAUUUUGGAUACAAUGGUGCAGAUUGCGCGGAAAGAAAUGCGUUUAUUAUCCUGCCAAUGGAAUUUCCGCCCGUUUUACUGCAAGAAAGCGAAAGGCGGUUGUGAUUCUGCUUCGUUGAAAGGGUUUGCAUUAGUUAACGGAAAUUCCGGGUUAUUUCAUCAAGGAAAUGGAAUAUUUUCCCACAUUUACAGUAUUUUUAAAAAUUUUGACCCACACCAAAUGGACAUCUUCGAAAACUUUCUGAAGCCUAUGAAGAAAACUUUGAAAACCGGAGAUUUUGCGUUGGAACACUGCAGCAUAGUUUUUUCUGCGUUGGCCACUUAUAUGGACGAUAGUAUUACCCGGCUUUACGGAGCGGCUGAAAGUUUUGCCAUGAAGGGUUAUUAUUCACAACAGCAUGAAGAUAUAUAA